CGAUUGACUUAGGCGUACCCGCGAAGAAUUCAAGAUCAUGAAGUUCCACGUCAUCCCUCUACUUUUCUUUCUACCCGCCGUCUUUGGCUGGUGGAAUUGUGAGUUGCCUACUGGAAGAGGCGACUCUGGGCGUUGCAUUGAGGAUGGGGAUUCUGCAGGCUACUCUGCUUGUACAGAGGACCAUCCGUGCAUUGUCCAGGGUAACGGAUGCAGUCCUAUCGGAAGUAGACUAGCCCACUGUUCGUGAAAUGUCUUCGGAUUUUCUCAGAGGGGAAGGUCAUCAUGAGGACGAUAUGCAUACACUUUUGUCAUAUUGAGCAUUCCACAAGGACCAAAGGUCUGCUAGGUGAUGAUGAGCAGAAGGAUUCUUUUCUUUUGUCUUGUUGUUAGACUAUACACCUAGACCAUCACGGCUUUUAGCUUACCCGAGAUACCCUAAACCUUCGCGCAAAAUGGCGCAGCUAUUUCAUGCAACAAUUGAG